AUGCACCCCUUCAAAGCCCUGUGCACCACGAGUGAGGCGCGGCCUGUCGCGACGGCACAGCCCAAGAUCCAGACCGGCCUCGCGAGGUCCCGCGUGCUCCUGCAGCACCCUGGCAACGCCGGCGGCUGGGACCCUUUUAAUUGGGGCCCUCAGCUGUUUGCGAAACCCCUCAUCACCUGGGGCCCGGCUGGAAGCCAGCCCGUCGCCAGCAGCUCGGCCCAGCUGCGGGGCAGCCCGGCCCCCGUGGCUGACGCUCAGCCGGCGUCAUUAUUCAGGUCUGCGCCUUCUGCGGCGCGGGCGGACAUUGGUGCGGCUGGCAGCAGCGGCCCGGCCGUGCUUUCGCCGCAAAGCUUUGGAUGGAUGGGCACGGGCAUCCGCCCCGGCAAUCGGCGUGGUUAG